AUGAUUUGUUGGGGCGAACAGAACUGCUGCGGCGUAUUUCUCGAUCGUGACAAGAACGAUCGUUGCAAUUGCUUGCGUGAUUUCUGCAUCCGGGACUAUGCUCCAGAAGAUCGGAUAACAGUGUCGGAGAAAGAUUUGGAUAAGGCGAUUAACGCCUUGUAUGACAAACAAGAUUUCAAUAUGGUCUAUACGAGCGAAAUAAUCGCGAUUAAGAGCAUAUUGAGCAAUCCGAAGUACGUGAAUGAAACUAAACAGCUCAUCGAUCGACUCUCCCAGCGCCUCACCGAGCUCGAGUUCGACGUGGAGGUGGUAACAGUGCAGCCACAUGGUAAUGCGAAGACGCCGCAUUAUGUGAUCUUUGCCAAUUAUUUCUCGACGCCCGCCAAGAACGUGGUGCUUGUCUACGGCCGCGUGACCGUGAAGGAUGUGAAAAAGCGCGAUUGGACGCACUACCCUUUUCAGCUGACCCAAACGAAUCAGGAUCUCUUUGGCAAUGGCUUGACUUCCACAAAGGGUCCCGUGCUCUGUUGGAUAUUUGCCGCUCAGGCAUGGCUCGACGCAAUGCACGAUCUGCCGGUCAACUUGAGAUUCAUUAUCGAUACCUUUGACACCGAUUACAACCAGAUGCUGCGAAAGGUGAUUGACGAUCGUAAAGUUUUCUUCAAGGGCGUGGAUCUGUUGAUAACUACCACCAAUCUGUGGAUAACAUCAACAACCCCGCUGCUAACCACCAGCCACAGCGGCUACAUUUACUUUGAGCUGGAGGUGAAAGAGAAUGCCAAGAAGGAAUGCCCAGAGGAACCCGAGCUAGCGGAGAGCUCAAAGAAACCAACACGACAGCCCAUGGCUGAGAUGUGCCUGUUGAUGAACACUCUCACGGAUCCAACGAGCAAAUUAAUGAUAGAUCUGAACCGUCAUGUGCUGCCCGUAACACACCGCGAUUGGGACAUACUUUCCAAGGCUGAGAUGGGCAUCAUGGAAUUCAAGAACCAGUACGACGUCAAGCGACUACUCCACGAGGAAUCGCAGGCAUCGUUCCUCAAGCACCGUUGGUGCAUGCCGGACCUGAGCAUGCACAAGGUGGAGUACCGAUCCUACGCCGGAAUGCGCGAGUUUUAUACACCAUCCCGCGUUGUGUCCAAGUUCUCCGUCAAGCUGGUGCCCGAUCAGAGUCUCGAUUACGUCACUUUCUUGGUCAGAGACCAUUUGGAGGAUGCCUACAAGCGACUCAAGUGCGAGCAUCCCGCAUAUCUACGGAUCACGGACUCCCUUAAGCCCAUAAACGAGGCCAGGCAUGCGCCCUUCAAUCUGUCAGCCAAGCGAGCGUACGAGCGCAUUUUCGCGGUCGAGGCUGCCAUCCCCGAUACCAUGUGCACCUGCAUACCCAUGCUGAACGAGCUGCGCAAGUACUGCAUGAGCAACGCCCAGGUGAUGGGCAUGCCCUUCUGCUCCGUCCACAUGCAGGGCGGUCAGAUAAACGAGGGCUUCACUCGCGAGCAUUUCUUCAAGAAUCUGGAACUGUUUGUCACAAUGCUGUUCGAAGUGGCGCUCGUGCCACCUGAGUGCAAAUGCACCGAAAUCAAGGACUUCUGCUUCGAGAAUGGCAAGACGGUGUAUCGCGACUUCAUACGCAUGAUGCACCCGCGAGAACGUCAAGUUUCGGACGUCCUCUUUGAGCUGGACGAGGCUGAGAUCGAUAAGGCGCCAGGCCACCGAAGAGACUAUCCGUCCAUAACAGAAAUGCUAUUGGGCAAAAGGAGCGCACAAGCGGCAAAACGCUAA